AUGGUUCCGCCUCGCGUGGCGCAACUUCUCGCCGCGCGACGGGCGGGGAGAGCAUCCGCGGGGGGACGCGGGUACUACUACAGCCGGUCUGCGAGUUCAGCGGUGCGCGCAUCCUCCGCAGCCGCGCCGAAGGCUUCGGCGGCUGACACGGCGGCUCUCACGGCGAUCUUCACGGCCGCGCGGAUACCUAUCCCGGCGAACCAGUCGAACGCGUGCACGUGGUACGGCGUGUAUUGCGCCGCGGACGGCGGCGCUGUUCAGCGGUUAUACCUCAACGUCUACGCCCCAUCAGUUAACUUCCUCCUACGCUACCUCCCCUUCCCCCCACCCCCCAGUCCCCAUCCCCGCCUUCUGCCAGGGCAAUCAAGCCCUCAUCUUUCUCACUUGCUCACUACUCUUUCUUCCUACUUUUCUGUCUCUCCCCUCCUCGCUCCUCGCCCCAUCCCCACCUUCUGCCAGAGCAAUCAACGCCUCCGCCUCCUCAACCUUGCCUCCAACGCCCUCUCCGGCCCGCCCACCCCGCUCUCCUCCCCCUCCUGCUCCGCUUCCCUCGCCUACCUCAACCUCUCCUCCAACCGCCUCUCUGGCUCCAUCCCCGCUACAAUCAGCUCCUUUAAUCGCCUCAAGCGCCUGUCCCUCUACAGUAACACCCUCACGGGAGCGAUCCCAGCCGCACCUGUAGCCUCCUCCCUCACUCUCUUCCCUCCCUACUCUCCCUCCCUCACUUUCUGUCUCCUUUCCUUCUCCCCAACCACCAUCCGCAUCCAUGGCGCUCACCUGAAACACACCCACUCACAGCACUGGCCGCUGCAGCAGGCGAAUGUGGGCCAGAGCUGA